CGGGAGACGAGCAUCCAAACCAAGCCGCUCUCCGCGGGCCACACAGCUGCCGAAACGACGCGCGGAGCCCAAACGACAGCCACUCAAACGCUGCCGCCGCGAGGCAGCCCCGGAGCAUGGCCCCCAAGCCCAAGUCCGACGCGGAGAACAAAGAAGAGCGUCGCUGCGAGGCCGCGGCCCUCGAGAUCGUGAACAAGGGCGGCAACGUGGGCAAGGACCUGCGGCGGAAGGAUAAAGUGUUGAUUACGAUACCUAGACGACGCAGAGUGUUCCAGGACGGGAUCGGGCGGUGGAACGACAUCCUCAGCGACCACCUCGGCUUCAGCCAGAAGCUCGAGAAGGGCGUGCCGAGCAACGACGCGUCACUGUCCAUGCGUAGAACGUUAAGAGAAGCGGGCGUCAAAGUACCCGGCGUAGCCAAAAAAAAGACGGACCCCUACGGUAUUGAUAGACCCGAGCACUUCCACCCCCCUGUGGCGGUCACAGCUCCCUUAGAUAAAAAAAAGGACAAGAAGAAGGAUAACGCUCCCCUCGUCGAAGCGGGGCACAAGGAGGAGGGCUGGCACGUGGCUGGCUUGAAACCUCGAGAACUGCAGCUGUUCUACGAUCUAUUUGAAGAUAUGUUGGGAGCUACUCAUGCUCAUGUGACGGGCAUCUCGGCGGCGGGCAAGGACGAGGAGGAGGAGAAACGGAAACGAGCGAAAGCCUUGGAGCACAUCCGCAUGGUGGUUGAUGAUCACGACGAGGCGCUGGCGAGGUUCGGGUUGGUCGGUCGGUACGAGCCCGAUGAAAGAGGACAAUAUACAGAUAUGCCCGACCCGUCGAAGAGUCCUCAGUUCCUGGAUGACUGUCUCCAUCGCUCGGACUUCGAGGCCUACCUACGGGUGAGAGUCGCGGCCAUCGAGAAGGAUGAAGAUAAAUUGUUCCGGAUUUUGGGUGGCUGGCGUCCAGCUAGGGUCCAUCGGGUCAUCGGGAAUGCGUACUGCGACGUCGUCCUCGAGAACGAGGACGGCGACGGGACGCUGAUCACCCACUUACAUCAUUUACAGAUAAGAAAGAAGCAUGUCGGCGACGUCUUCGAUCUCAUGGACCGGGACGGGGACGGUCGCUUGACGGCGGACGAGGCUCGGGCUAAUUUGACCGGCGACGGAUCCGGCCACCGGACCUUCGCCUUGGACGAGCACGUGGAUGUUCAAGUGGAUGGUCAUUUACCAGAAUUGUGGGGGCGCGUGGCGCGUAGACUGGGUAUCGGCGGCGAGUUCAUGGCGUAUAGCGAUUUCCUCGGCAUGCACGUGGCGCUCGCGGGGGCGACGGAGCCGAAGAACAAAGCUUUGAUGUCGACGAUGGACCCGGAGUUCUUUUUGGAGUCGUACCCCUGGUGGGGGCCCAUCUUCGAGCGGUUCGGCAUUGGAAGAGGGGGCCAGACGUCGAUGCUCUCGGGGCUGAUCGGCGGCGAUGGGAGCGGCGCGUGCGACUCGGGGUGUAGCGUGUCCUAACUUGGGGCUUGGUGU